AUGUCUCUGAUGAGUGAUCUCUCAAGGUUUCCGUCGAUUCCCGGAAUGGUUCCAACCAGAAGGGUCAACCUCAGGUUGCAAGCUGGUAUUGCAACCAUAAAAUGCAAGUCUGCUGAUUCGGGAGAAAUCAAAGGGGCAAAGUACCUCCUGCGCGAGGCUAAAAAACAGUUGGACAAGGCUGAAAAGGAAUUGAUGAGGAAGCGAAAAAUGACCGAUGAUCUUUCCCUUAAGGAUUACGAUUGGGACCAAUGCCUUAAAAAAAUGGUGGAGAAGCCCCAAGGCGAGGUGGAAAAGUACAAAAAAAAAGUGCAAGCACAAAUUGAUAGGUUGGCUAAGUUAGGAAUCGAUGUCUCAGGCUCAUAG